AUGGUAGCCCGUAUCCAUGAUACAUUUUAUGACGCUAAAGCAACCAUAUUAACGGAAGCUGAUAUUAAGGAAAUUAGAGAAUCCAGAGGUAAGAUACCCAGUGCACCAAGAAAAAUGGCUAAAAAAUUCCAUAUCGGACUUAAGCGUGUUUAUGAAAUAUGGGAUAAUAAAGAACGCCUCCAGCAAGGGCUUGAUCAGCUUGCUUUGGAUAAAAAUUCCCAAACUGAUAAGACAGAACAGACUCUUGAAUCGGUAUCAGAAGUAUCAUCUAUACCCCUUCCGGCUACAGAGAUUCCAAAAAAGAAUGGACGAAAAAAGAAGGUUAAAAUAGAUGAGAAGCUGGUUACUGGAGCAAGUAGUAUGGUGGAAAAAAAUAACAAAAAUGGUGCGGUCUCUUCCUCUGAUAAUUCAUCUGAUACAUUCCGAGAAGAUAGGGUGGAAUCUCUUCUUAAAAAUCUAGUUAAUCGUGGUGAAAAGCUUAAGGGUUUAACAGCUAAUACCACUCCCCUUAUAUAA